AUGCCAGCGUCGCAGCUGCGGCUGGCCGUCGUGUGCUCCAGCAACCAGAACCGCAGCAUGGAGGCGCACUCCAUCCUCAAGAAACGGGGAUUCAGCGUCCGGUCCUUCGGAACAGGGUCUUACGUGAAGCUUCCAGGCCCCUCCCCCGACGAGCCAAAUGUUUAUGAUUUCCAAACCACCUACGAGCAGAUGUAUGAGGAUCUUGUUCAGAAGGACCAAGAUCUCUACACGCAGAAUGGCAUUUUACACAUGUUGGAGAGAAAUAAGCGAAUCAAGCCCAGGCCGGAAAGGUUCCAGAACUGCCAAGAUGUGUUCGACCUGAUCCUCACCUGCGAAGAGCGGGUGUACGACCAGGUGGUGGAAGACCUGAAUUCCAGAGAGCAGGUGACCUGCCAGCCGGUGCACGUGAUCAACCUGGACAUCCAGGACGACGACGACGAGGCCAUCCUGGGGGCGUUCCUCCUCUGCGAGCUGUGCCAGUGCAUCCUGCUCAUAGAUGACAUGGAGGACGAGCUGGAUGAGCUCCUGCAGGACUUUGAGGAGAAGUGUGGCCGGCCUUUCCUGCACACCGUCUGCUUCUACUGA